AUGUCCGUGGAAGAGAAGCUAAGAACUCAAUUUCCAGACACUGUCUACACAGCAUUGACACCACCAGACCGUCAUCCCGGACUCAACUACAAGGGCUUCCAUCCAGGGCGAGUUACUCGACUUCCAAGGGGCCAUGUAAAGGAGCCUGGAUAUCAGGCAUUCCCAGUGGAUGUGACCUGGGAAGAAGACCAAGCAAUCGUCAUGCGUGACGGUGUCAAGCUCUAUGCAGAUGUAUUUCGCCCCUUUGAUGAAACGGACAAGGUACCUGCAAUCCUACCCUGGAGCCCAUAUGGGAAGGUCGGGACUAGUACUCUAAACUACGAUAAUAUGGGGCCAUGGCGGAUCGGUAUUCCAUACCAGAAUCUGAGUGGAUAUGAGACUUUUGAAGGUCCCAAUCCAGCGGAGUGGUGUUCCAGGGGCUAUGCAGUUGUCGAUGUCGACGCAAGAGGGGCGGGUCAUUCGGAGGGUAACCUCAUGUUCUGGGGCGAACAGGAGGCAGUCGAUAUCUAUGAUACAAUCAGCUGGAUAGCCCGGCAGCCAUGGUGCAGCGGAUCAGUAGUUAUGGCGGGAAACUCAUGGUUGGCUAUUUCACAGCUCAACUUUGCGUCGCGUUUCCAGCAUCCAAAUCUUAAGGCUAUUGCCCCAUGGGAAGGAUUGACGGACCUCUAUGAUCAUCAGAUAUGCCGCGGGGGUAUCCCGAAACCUGCGUUUGGUGAAUUGAUCCUCGGUGGCCUUGCAGGGUCUGGAAAGGCAGAGAAUAUGGGCGCCAUGGUCAAGUUCCACCCAUUGUUUGACGCAUACUGGGAGGAAAAGCGAAUCAAACCGGAAGAUAUCAAAGACAUUCCGAUGUAUCUUACAGCCUCCUACUCCACUGGUCUACACUGCGACGGCUCUAUCAGAGCGUUUGAAACAGCAACGACGUCUCAGAAAUGGCUACGUGUGCAUUCUACGCAAGAGUGGCAUGACCUAUACAGACCAGAAGCUACAGACGACCUGCAGCGCUUCUACGAUUACUACGCUAAAGGCAUCCAAAACGGCUGGGAGGCGGAAACGCCCCGUGUGCGCCUGAGCCUAUUGGGGUACGAUGGUAGCAUGGCGAAAACAAUUGUCGAGCGCCCUGAAGAGCAGUGGCCUCCAGCACGGCAGCACAUCCGUCGCUACUAUCUGGAUGCUGCAACUCAAUCUUUGGGAACAGUCAAGCCUGUGAAUUUUACCAGUAUUGCACAUGAAGGGCAUUCAUUGAUUGCUUCCUCAGAUUUCACGCUCUUCUUCGACAAAUAUACAGAGCUAUGCGGACGUCCCUUUGUGAAGCUAUACAUGUCUUGCAAUGUGAAGGAUGACUUUGAUGUCGUGGUGCAGAUCCGCAAGAUCUCUGCGUCGGGAGAACCUCUUGAGUCUCUGAACUGGUCACCGAUGCCCGCGCCACGGCCGAUGGUUCCAAAUGUUAAUGUCGCAAAGCAUCUAGGGCAGCAGGGUAUGCUCCGAGCUUCACACCGCGUGAGCCUACAGCCCCGAGCCAGCGAAGAUGAGGUUCCUGUGUAUGACCACCGCAGCAGCCAACCGAUCGCUCCUGGAGAGAUUGUUCCUCUUCUGAUCCCAAUAUGGCCUCUGGGAAUGGUUUUCGAGGCCGGUGAAGGUUUGAUCCUGCGUAUAUCUGGUCAUGAUAUGUCACUCCCGGAAACAGAAUCGUUGAGGCUAACAGCCCCAAUCGAUGAUACUGAAGGGCAGCACACCGUGUACACGGGUGGAGAGUAUGAGAGCCAUCUGGUACUUCCUCUGAUCAGCGAAUAG